AUGAAGGCAGAGAAUGCUAGAGUAGGGGAGAAGCGUGGGAGACUGCUGCGUAAAACGGGGUGCAUACACUUUCGUAAGGAACACGUGAUGAAGUGGAAAGCAUUGGGAACAGUGGAAAUUGCAACGCAUGUUGCACAGCUGCAGCAUUACGUCAUCAAUCCAGAGGCAAUUACAGAUCUAUCGAGUGAACAGUAUCGCUGUCUGUCGUGUGAGUUUCAAGGAGCUAGAGAAGCGUCGAGGAAGCAGUUGCAAGAGAUUGAAGACGGAGAAGACGAUGGCACUUUCAUGGCACAUGCAAUACUUUUCAACCAUAAUAUUGCUAUACUGGAGAGAAAAAGACAGCUUUAUUGUGCAAGUUGUCGAGAUUUUAUCUAUCCUGCUACAGCUGUGAUGGGUGAAAGUCAAGAACGAAAACGGCAAAUUCGUCGUGUGGUAACACCGCACAAGCUUUUACGACGUGGACUGGUGAAUAUGGGCAAUACAUGCUUUAUAAGCUCGGUGCUUCAAGCAUUGGCGCACAAUCCUAUGCUACAACACUACUUUUUUAAGGCGAAAUGUCAUGAUACGACAAUCUGCCACCAAAAAAGACAACGACUGCUGCUAAAGCGACAACAGCAAUUGGAAGCUGAGAAGCAGAAAAAAUCAGGUGAUGGAGAGGAAGAGAAGGAAGCUACAAAGCGCGACCCUGAUCCUGCAAUUACAGUAUGUCUGGGAUGUGAGCUUGCUGCUUUUAUGACAUUGCUUAUACCUCCUGCUGUCCACGUGCCGCGAAAAACAAUGACGGCGUCACCAAUCGUGCCGCAAGGUAUCUUAGAGGCGAUGUGGAACGCGUUUCCGUCUUUCGUAGGCACUGCUCAACACGAUGCACAUGAAUUCCUGAUUGCACUUUUGGGAGGUCUACAUUCACAUACGCACCCCCGUGUGUUUGUUCACGGCGGUGCCUCUCCGCGAUUUACUCCACGUGGACACAGCCUGUGCGACUGCGCAGUGCAUCAGCACUUCUCCGGUAUAUUGCGGUCUACACUCGCGUGUGGAGGCUGUGGAUUCGCCUCGUACAAAUUCGAUCCGUUCUUGGAUGUGUCCUUGUCUUUGAACAAUGGAAAGAGUAAACCUGAAAAAAGUGAAAAACGCGCGGAACAAGUAAAUGGAUCGUCCGCAAUAAAUCUAGAGUCAUUGCUGCAACAGUUUGCAGCCGAAGAAGAACUACGGGGAGCGAAUCAAGUGUAUUGCCUCCGAUGCUCGAAGUAUCAAAACAAUUACAAGAGCCUGAACUUGCAUAAACUGCCAAACGUGCUCGUUUUCCACAUCCGCCGUCUUGACUUCUACCGUCAGCAGAAGCUCCUGCAGAACGUGGAAUUCCCGCUGAUGGGGCUCAACAUGAGACCAUUUACGUCGGUGGGUAUCGACGAGGCCAGUGAUUGCAAAAAAGCCGACAUCAAAAAUUCUGUUCCAGUUGGUAAUGAAAGCGAAUAUGUCUACGACCUUGUCGCAGUCGUAUGCCACCACGGCGAGUCGGUCAAUGGAGGCCACUACACCUCUUACGUUAGAGACGAAGUGCAUGUGGGCACAGCAAGCCCGACCGGUUUAAAACAACAGCAGUGGAUACUCUUCGACGAUGUUGAUGUGAGUACCGUGUCAGCCGAUGAAGUUGAGAGCUCUCAAGCGUACCUGCUUUGCUAUGUUCUUCGAAACCCAUUCAUCGACGCCGCAUCACAACGAGAUAAGGACUACCAGCUUGCAUAG